AUGCUACCAACGAGGGACUUAGGAAAGGGCGGGCCGAGGGUUUCUGCUCAAGGCUUAGGUUUAAUGGGCCUGUCGAUGUUCUACGACAAACGUCUUCCUGAUGAAGAUCGCUUGAAAUUCCUCGACUAUGUCCAUGCCAAAGGUGUAACCUUUUGGGACUCCGCUGACGUCUAUGCGGACAACGAAGAUCUAUUGGCAAAGUGGUUUCGGCAAAGUGGCAAACGCAAGGAUAUCUUUCUUGCAACCAAAUUUGGUAUCAAGCAGCAUCCCGGCAAGCCAGCAUCAAUACAUAAUGGCGUAGAUUAUGUACGCGAAGCGUGUCUUCAAAGCCGCAAACGCCUAGGUCUAGAAGCAGAAGACGCAAUUGACCUAUACUAUUGCCAUCGCAUUGAUCCGAAGCAACCGAUUGAGGUCACUGUAGCUGCGAUGGCCAAACUGAUUGAGGAUGGUCUUGUCAAGUACAUUGGCCUGAGCGAAUGUUCUGCAGAUACACUGCGGCGAGCUCAUCGUAUCCACCCCAUCGCAGCUGUGCAAAUUGAGCUCUCCCCUUUCGCUAUUGAAAGCUUGAAGAACGGUCUUCUUGACACCUGUCGCGAACUUGGGGUUGCUGUUGUUGCCUACUCUCCAUUUAGUCGGGGAUUUUUAACUGGCAAGUUGCGCAACCCGGAUAUUCUAGUUGAGGAUGACCGUCGACGGGUCUUGCCGCGUUUUUCCAAGGAAAACUUUGGCGAAAACCUGGCGAUCGUUGAUAUCAUAGAGGAGCUAGCUCGGAAAAAGGGCUGCUCUGUUGGUCAGCUCACUUUAUCUUGGCUGUCUGCAUUGUAUGAAGGAAUCAUACCGAUUCCAGGUACCACCAAGGCCCAGAAUUUGGAUGAAAACCUAGGCAGUCUUCGAGUCGAGCUUAAUGAGCAAGAGAUUGAGGCCAUGAACAAAGUCGUGUUUGCAGCAGAUGUGCAAGGUGACCGCCAUCCAGAGAGCAUGAUGCCUUUCCUGUACGUGGACACUGUUUCUCUGCACGAAGAGUAG